CAGACGGCAAGCAGUUUUGUUUACAAGUGGGUUUGGUUGUAAACAAAUUGAAAUAAAACAAACCUAUCCGUAUUUUGUUAAUUUAUUAAUUGUAAAGAGUGACAAGCAAAAUGUUUCUCUUGUAAUUUAGUUAAUAUCUUAAACCAGGAUCAUUUUAAAACUGUGUUAUAGUGUUCAUUUUCCUUUUAUUAAUUCAGAAUUAUCAUGAAGUUUUGGCUUUAUUCUUUUGCAGUUGCUGUAUGUUGCAUAUGCAUCCCUGUGUUAUUAUUUAAUAUGAAUGCCAUGAAUAAAUUAAAGUGUAUUUUUACACAUUUAAAAUAUUUCGAAAGUGACAGACCCUCAGACUUUGGUUUGGCAUCUUCUGUUUGGUGUGUUUAUAGGUUAGAUGGUUCAAACUUGUGCAGCUUUAAAAACUUGUAUCAUCUACCUCAAUAUAAACAGUACUUUUUCUUUCUCUUGAAUGAAUACUCAGUGAUUUCUGGUGUUAAAACUAUUGAAAUGUUAAAGCAAUUUGAAUUAUCUACGGUAAGAAACCAUUCAACUUUUCAUCUAAAGCUUGUAAUAAUUGAUUCAUCAGAAUAUUUGUUAAAACAACAUUUAGUACAUGUAAAUGAUGACAUUUUUUUAAUGAAGCGCUUUAAGCCAGAUAAUAUAAUGCAUAUCAUUCAUGAUGAUCUUCUUCCUUUAUUUUUUACGUUUAAUGAAUUGUGCAAAGGUGAUAUUUACAUAUGCUUAUCUAUGUAUAAACUGUUAUUCAUUGAUGAUUAUGGGAAAGGUCCUUAUCAUGAAUGGUAUGAAAUGUUUUCAUAUCAUAAAUCUAUAUUUUUGGAUACUUAUAAAGAAGCCAUUUGUUUUCGUAAAAUUGUAUUAGGCCUCAAUCGUAAAAGUAUUUGGUUUCAAUAUGGAUUCAAAAAUGUUCAAGGUCCAUUAUUGAAAUCCGAUUUAAACGCUAUAGAAUUAAAACAGUUUACAGAUUUCAUAAAGUAUCAAUUAGGUAUUGUGAAAGGAAAUAUUUCUUCAGAUCCACAAAAUGAAAAACAAUUAAUUUUCUUGAGUAGAAAAAUUAAUCGCAGAAUUUUGGGUGAAACUGAAGUAGCAGAACAUAUUAAAGAAAUGUCAAACAGAUCAUUAAAAAUCUUAACUAUGGAUCUUUCUGUUAAUAGUUCUAAAGAACUGAUUUCAUCUCUACAAAUAACUAACAACUUAAUAGGAAUGCAUGGUUCAGCAAUUAUACUAUCCAUUUUUUUACCACAAGGGUCAAAUAUCAUUGAGUUAUUUCCAUUUGGAAUUCAGCCAAAAUUUGUGUCACCUUUGAAGGCUUUAUGCUCACUCCCCAACAUGUUUUACAAUUAUCAUUCCUGGGUAAAUGAAAAUGAGAGCAACACAAUAACUCAUCCUGAAUAUCCCACAUUGCUUGGGGGGCUAUAUCAUUUAUCAACUACAGAACAAGAAAAUAUAAUGAACAUUAAACUGGUGCCUGCUGUUGAAUGUUGUCAUAAUCCAGUAUAUUUAUUUAGAAUGUUUCAAGACACUAUUGUUGAUGAAAGUUUUUAUAAAUUAGCUUUCUCUGUACUUAACAAUGUAACUGAAGUUUCUUUAACUGAAAAAGAAGUACAUAAAAUUACACGUAAAAAUAUUAUUAAUUCAUGGUACCAUCCACCUCCAGUAUUUAAUCUAACUUGUGAAUGUAAUGAUGGUAAAUUUGUGGUUAGGUGGAAUUACUUUAAAAUUUCCAAUACUAGAGUUACUUUCAGUGUUGCGACUAGUACAGGUAUUACGGCUAAUAGCAAAAAUACUUAUUUUAAUAUUGAAAAUGAGAAAUGUAGCAGUUCUACGUCUCAGACUUCUUUUGUUAAACCUCCAAUAUCUGUUUGGGUGAAAGCAGUAGAGGAUUACCAGGAGAGUGUGGAUUCGUACACAAAAUGUACUUAGGUGUAUUAGUUUAGUUAAGACAUUUGUUGCAAAACAGAUAAGUAACAGAUAAACAAUUUAGAAAUAUAUUUGAAUUUAGAUACAGUUUAUUAUCUCUUUAAAGCGUAGAACACUGAUAAGAAGAAGUAUAGUUUAUCUAGUCACAUUAAUUUGUAGAAGUGGCACAGAAAAUAGUAAAACUCAAAUAUUUGUAAAACUUGAAGUGACAUGUCACUGGAAUCGGCACAGAGCAGUGGACAGCCUUUAAAAAUAUAGCACAUUGACUUCUUUUCUAAAAAAAUAUUAGAGAUGCCAUUCACAAAAUUUGUGUCAUAUCCAUAUAGAUUUAUGAAAUAACUUCUUGUGAUAACAUUUUGUAUAAUAUAACUUGCACCAUUUAUCAUAUGCAAGUAUGCACCAUUUCAAGGCUUCAGUAUAGAAGCGGCCACUACGAAAAUUGAGUCGGAGAACCAAAGGUACUUUGGUGUUAUUUGGAGGCCACUGUUUUUGGAAGAGUAUUUCUCACCCCUGGCAAGCUUAGAUUAUGUAAGCGUUUAUUAACUUUUUAUAUUUCCAAUACGUAUGUAUGUAUUUACCUAAGUACUUAUACAGCCUAAUAACAAAUAGUAGACAGGGGUAGGGUAACCUCCUCACUUCCUUUUGGAAGGCAAAAAACUAGAAUCGAUAAUCAUCAUAUAAUUUUCACUUAAGUGAAAUAAAGUCUGUUCUUUCUAAUAAUGUAGUUUUUAAAUUCGCCUGCAAGAAAAAAUAUUUUAAAAAUAUUGGCCUUUGGAUAAUACCACUAUUUUAUAGGCUACAUUGAAUAGAAAACUAUUCCUGAUAUAGUUAUCUACAAUUAAUUAAAUCUAACUGUUGUUAUUCAUAUAUUUGUACAAUGUUAAAAUUAAUUAAAAGUAUGUUAAAUCAUUUGUGUCACAAGCUGCCAGACUCGCUUAUCCUGUCCUGAAAUCUUAUUUAUGAAUUUUUUCUGGAGGUACAUAAAUUAGUUCUAUCAUAAAAAAGAUUUCAAUGUACUUUAAAUAAUUCCCUUGACAUUCAAAUUGUAUAUCCAAAGCAUCAAGAAUAAUUUUUGUAUUGUGGUUGUAUGUAAUUUUAUAAAAAUAUUUGUAAGAAACAUACUUUACAUAAUGUAAUACAUCUAUUGUCAAAUAACUAUCUAAUUGUUUUCCAUUUUUGUGUGUUCAUGUUUUUUACUUGCUUCAAAAAGGUGUAAAUCAUAUAGAUAGAUAUAAGUUGUCAGCAGUGGUUGAAUGAGGACAUCCUUAUCUUAUCAGUGCGCUCUGUGGAUUUCCUUGUUUUCUUUGAUAACCAUGUUUGAACAGGUUCUUUUUGUUUUUAAUCAUGAAUUGUUGCAAAUAUAAAAAGGACAUUUUGGAAAGUAAAGAUGUUCUUAAGAGUUCUAAUUUGCCUUAUAAUACCAAAUUUUCCAUUUUUACUGUGCAGGACUGAGAGAAGCUAUUUUUAUAAAUAUGUGUGAAUAACAGAAAUUAGGCUGGCUGUGCCUAGAAUGCAAAGGUUCUAUAAAUAGGAAAAUUGCCCUUAAAGUGAAUGAAUCAGCAAAUUUUGAAGGUUUAGAAAUGUCUGAAAUUUUUGAACUUAUUCAAAGUGUCCAUGUUGUUCAAAUUGAUGUCAAAUUUAACAAGAUCUUCAGAUUAAAUUAGAAUAAGUCAGGAAUUUAAGUAUAAUAAAAUUGAAGAACAACUGAAAACCUUGCCUGAAGUCGAGAAAGAGUUAGAGAAACUAAGAUCAAUCAUUAUGGAUGAUGAGGAUGAACAGAUUUGUGACCUUGCUCACCAUUUAAAAAGGUUGGAUCAGUACAGAAGAAAUACAAAUUUUGAACUGAAUAUCUCUGCAAAAAAGGAAAUAAAAAUGUGAAAGAGAUUGUAAUUAAAGUCAUAACAAGUUGGAGGUAGAAUUGAAGGAAAAUGACAUUGAAGAAGCUCGUAGACUCCCAAAAAUCAGAACUGAAAAUCGGUUGGCUACGAUCAUUGUACAACUUGCUAGAAGGAAGCUAAGGGACAGAGUGCUGGAAGCAAGAAAGAAAGUGUUGACAAAUGCAGAUGUGACAGGGCUUUAGGGAGGUAGAAUCUACAUAAGUGAAAAUUUGACUUUUUAUUCCUAAAAUUUGUUAAAAAGUGCAAAAUCUAAAGCUAAGAUGCUGAACUAUCAGUUUGUUUAGUUUCGAAAUGGCGUGCAUAUAAGAAAGUCCCCUGACAGGGAAAUGAUAAUUGUCGGAAAGGAGGAGUAUCAUACUAAUCUCAAAUAAAAACUUUUUUAAUUAAGUAAAAUAUUCACUAAUUAAACAAAAAUAACAGUUCAUUCUUCCUUAGUUACAGAUUAUAUUGUUGAAGGCAGCUCAUCAAGCUGUUUAAGUUAAGUUAUGUUUAAGUUUCCAGAAUUUUUCUAUUCUAUUGAAUUAUAGAAAAAAAUAACAAAUUUAAAAUGGGAAUUUCCUUUUUACAUUUCAAUGUAGCCCCCAUAACAAAGCACUGAGGAUGAAUUCUUUGUUUUGUUUAGUGAUUUUAUUGAGUACUUGGAUGUUGUAGUUUUUACAGAAGUGAAUGUAAAUGAGCUUUUACUAGAACUAUUUCAUCUGGAUGAUUUGAUUAUUUAAAAAAAAUGUAAUAUCGAAAGGCAAAGGUGAUGGAGUAUGUAUUUAUGUCCGAAAGGACAAUUUAGUUAAUGAGUUUAAAAUAGGUAAAUUUCAAACUUCUUCAAUCUUGUUGGAAAUAUUUUUAAAGAAAAUUAAUUUAAGAUAUUAAUACUAGCUGUGUACAGACCACCAAAACUAAUAAUAAAUUGUUUUUAAAGGAGUUAGGAAGUGUACUUCUAGGACUGAAAAGUCAACAGGACUGUAAGUCUGACAAUUGGAAAUAUCAAUACAACUUAAAGAUACAUUUUUUCCUAAAGAAAAAAAAAAACACUCAAUCCUCCAAUAAUUUUUAAUUUUGUACACAAGCCCAAACUAAAAAAUCAGUUAUUGUCACACACAUGGGAAACGAUCACAUCUUUAAAAACUGUAUAUUAUUAAAAUCACUCUGUAAAGAAGAAGAACUCAACACUUAUAGAACACACAUUAAAAAAACACGAAGAUCAAACAUUAAACAAUGAUUUUGGACUGUUUCAAAAUUCACCUUUCCUUUAAAAAAUAACUCAAUUAUUUUUGACCCAAAACGUUUAUACACAUUAAUUUUAAUAUUUACUUUACUUUUAAUCAUACAAAUCUUUUAUUAGGCUUUAUUCAGCUGCUAAUUGUUUUUAAAUUGUAAAAAUAUUUAUACAGUAUCAAACUGUGUGAUUCACCUGAUGAUGGCCAUCUUUUCAAAUUGUUUGAUUAACCUGACAAUGGCAUCUUAGAUGUUGAAAGGUCUAGGUCUAAAAAUUAAAAAUUAUUGGAGAAUUGUUGGUUUUUUUUCAAAGAAAAUAAUUUAUUUUUUCCAAUAAGAAGAGUUCCUCUUUCAAUUAAAAGAUAUAUAUAUUUGCAAAGAUAUAAAUGCAUAUCAGAACCUGAUGGCUGCCUAUGGUUUUCAUUCCUGUAUAGACCAGUGCAUGGGAAGAGAAGAUAAGGUAGGAAAUGGUUAGGUCUCUUGAUUGAUCAUAUUUAUCUAAGAGGAGAUAAGAUAAGAGCUAGAUCUCCUGCAGUGAGGGUCAAUAUAUCUGACCACUAAUCCCAUAUCUUAAACUUACAAAUCCCUGAAAAUGGUAAUGAUUGUAUACUACCUCAUUAUCAUAAAUAUAAAUAUUUAAAUAAAAAAGGUAUAAAAACUAAUUUGGAAAGUUUAAAUUGUGUCUUUGUAUCUAAUAACGAAUUUUCAUAUACUGAAAUGUAUUGCUGUUUGGUUAAUAAUUUAUUUAAAAUUUAUUUACUAAAAUAGCUUGUGCUUGGAAAAUGAAAGGAUAAAGCACCCCCCC